AUGGCUUCUCCAGGGAGUGGACAUGGGAACCAUGAUGAUAAUGGAUCAGAAACACUAAAAGAUGUGCAAGAAACCGCAGCUACCAAUGCGAAAGAUCAUAUUAAUGAAAGAGUACCAAAGAUUGGAAUGAAUUUUUUAUCUGAUGAGGAGGCUUAUUCCUUUUAUAACAAGUAUGCUGAAGUUAUGGGUUUUAGCGUCCGGAGAGGCAGAACUCGAGCUGAAGAUAAGAGAGAAGAUACAUUCAGUUAUAGUAGGCCUGAAUCACAAUGUGGAUGUAAUGCACAUAUGAAAAUAAGUCUUAGGAAUGGAUUUUAUCAGGUUUACGAAUUUGAGGAGACACAUAACCACAUUCUUGCUACUGGAACCAUGGCCCAAUACUUGAGAUCUCACAGAAAAGUGACCGAUGCACAAAUAGCGGCUGCAGAGGUCGCAAAGUCUGUAGGCAUUUCUAAUAAAGCAACUAUUGAUCUUAUGGCCAAAGAAGCAUGUGGACAAGAAAACCUUGGUUUUAUCCCUCAAGACAUGAAAAAUCGGUUGUACUCAAAAAGAACAUUGCAAGCAGCGAAAGGUGAUACAGGGGGAGUGUUAGAAUACAUGGAGAAGAAGGUAGCAGAAGAUGUCAAGUUUUUUUAUUCAAUUCAAGUAGAUGAGGACGAUUUGAUAACUAAUAUAUUUUGGGCUGACUCGAAAAUGGUCUCAGACUAUGCAACUUUCGGUGAUGUUAUAAGCUUUGACACCACAUAUAGGAAACUAAAUGAUGGGCGUCCAUUUGGUUUGAUUGUUGGGGUGAAUAAUCACAAGAAAACUAUUGUGUUUGGUGCUGCACUUCUUUAUGAUGAAACUGCUGAAAGUUUUGGUUGGCUUUUUAGAACUUUUCUAAAAGUUAUGUCAGGGAAACAUCCACAAACAAUUCUUACCGAUGAAGAUGCAGCAAUGGCCAAGGCAAUCAGUGAAGUCCUACCUCACUCUCACCAUAGACUUUGUGUGUGGCAUAUGAAUCAAAAUGCUUGCAAGCACCUUGCUGGAGUUGUUCCAGAAUAUAAGAAGUUCAAUAGUGAUUUCCAGCAUUGUAUCUAUGACAUAGAGGACGAAGAAGAAUUUAUAAGUGCAUGGAAUGAUAUGCUUGAUAAGUAUGGACUACGUGAGAAUACAUGGCUCCAAAGGUUGUUCGAGAAAAGGGAGCAAUGGGCACUAGUGUAUGGUAGAAAUACAUUCUCUGCCCACAUGAGCACUACCCAAAGAAGUGAAAGCAUGAACAAUGAACUGAAGCGUUACAUCAGUAUUAAAUAUGACAUGCUUACUUUUUUCGAGCAUUUCGAACGGCUUGUUGCAGAUAAAAGAUUUGAAGAAGUGAAGUGUGACUUCAAGGCAUCACAAACUACUCCCAAGAUGAAGGCAGAGUCAAGCUAUAUAUUAAGGCAAGCUGUAACUACAUAUACUCCAGCAAUAUUCAAGAUAUUUCAGGAGGAAGUGCUUCUGACCCUGAACUAUGACACAUUCCUUUGUGAUGACAGUGAUACAGAGCAGAAGGUUUAUAUGGUAAAAUUUCAUGACACAAAACGUGAGCAUGUUGUUAGAUUUGCUCCAAAUGAACAAAAGGUGAAUUGUAGUUGUAAGAAGUUUGAAUUCGCUGGAAUUUUGUGCCAUCAUUGCUUAAAGGUACUUGAUAUCAAUAAUAUCAAGCAUAUCCCUGAACAAUAUAUAUUGAAAAGGUGGACAAUAGAUGCCAAAGUUCUAGAGAUAACAAGCAAUCGCAAUCUGCAUGAGGAUCGAAAAGCAAAAAUGUCAAACUACUACAAGGAGUUGUGCAGAAUGUUUGUGAAAAUAGCUGCUCGUGCCUCUGAAUCCGACGAAACAUAUGAUAUGGUUGCUAAAUGCGCAGAGCAGCUAGCACAAGCUGUGGAGAAACACUUGAAAAUAAGAACUGAUCCUGACCCUCCUGAUCCAGACUUGGGCAACUCGUCUGUUUCACAAGGUCCACUUAUCGACUCUAGUAAAGUUUCAAAACACAAUGAGGGGCUUGCCAAGCCGAGAGGUAUGAAGGAGAAGGAGAAGACUGCACAAGGAUCAGCAAGACCCAUUGGUGGAUUGGAGAAAGCAAUAACAAAGAAGAAAAAGAAGAAAAAUGAUCCUUUACAAGGUCGUUUGGAGCUUCUGACAAAUCAAAUGGGUGCACCACAAUUACAGUACAACCCAUUCCUAAAUGCUUCAAUGCAUCCAACACUUGCUAAUACAUGGAAGACCGAUGAUUCUUCACAACUACAACCUCAAAGCACAUCAACGGGACAUUUGGAGUUUAUGGAAAAACAAAUGGGUGCACCGCAAUUGCAGUACAACCCAUUCCUAAAUGCUUCAAUGCAGCAAUCACUUGUGCAGCCAUCACUUGGUAAUACAGUCUCAAUGUCACUGCAACCAACUGGUGGCUUUGAGAUAGCAAAAACAACGCAGAAAAAGAAGGCCAGUGAUUCUUUACGAGGUCAUUUGGAGUUUAUGACAAAUCAAAUGGUUGCACCGCACUUGCAGUACAACCCAUUGCUAAAUCCUUCAAUUCAAUCGUCACUUGGAAAUACAAUCUCGAUGCCACAGAACCCAAGAAUGCUGGCAGGAUACCAACAAUACAAUACACUAAUGGUAUAA